GCUGCCCGGGUCUCCAUGCUACACUCCGCCUCCCCCAACCAGCACGGUGCCGGCAUCCGCUGCCUGUACGACAGCCAGAACCAGCUCAUCGAGGGGAGACAGGAGAGGUACUGGAGGUCCUCCAGACAGGCAUCCCCAUAUCGAGACCAGGAGCUGAAGUUGUACGACUGGUGCUGUAACCAGGCGGGCAGCACCCGCCUCUGCUCCCACUACGGCAAGAAGAGACCAAAGAUUGGCUGUGAUGGAUACCAGUUACCCAGCACGGGUUCCUCAGAGGAGGCUGAGAACGACUCAGAGGACCAAAGAGAUGAAGAGGAUGAGUAACUGGGGCGUUGCACACCUGCAGCACGGCUGAUCCUCUGAGUCCUUUGCUCCUGCUCAUACCCAGUGUCCCCCUGCUCCCCACUCCACCCACCACUCCUACUCACACCACGCAGAGCAGCUCACUCAGCCAGUGCCUGCAGUUGCCUUCACUGGCACAAGUUCAUGUUUCUAACCCAGACUUGUCCCAGGGAACCAAUUGCUUUAGUCGCCCUUCCCCAACUGCAGCUGAGCAGGUGCCCAUGGGCACCUCCUUGCUGGUGGGGAGGUGGGCAGGUAGCCCCACCACCCCCUGUUCUCCCUGCAUCCUGCUCUGCCUCCCGCACGGCGGAGUGAGGGUGUCCCCCUGGCCCCCAGGGAAUGGGAUUUUUCACCUUGCAUGGGUCAGCUGUGCCUGAGCCCCCAAAUGCUGCAGUAUGCCAGGCUCGUCCCAUGAGCCGGUCCUGUCUUGUCCCUCACUUCUGUCCCCCUGCCAUCCCUCCACGGGUGGUCUCCAGGCCCUGUGCCCAGGAGAAAGGGCAUUUCACUGAUCAAGCCAGAGUCCGCUUGAUACAUCUGCUUGCUGGGUGUGUGAGGGCAAAAUUCAACUCCAUAAUCAGAAAUGUUCGGAGAAAAGUAAUUUUUUUUAUGUGUAAGAGAGCAUCUGCCUUUCUUAAAAAAAAGAAAAAAGUCCUUGUCAAAUCUUAUUUGUUCAAUAAA